AUGGUCAGCAAUCGCCUCGACAAGGUCACCAAGAAGAUUACAAAGAAGAAGGGAAAGAACCCCAACUUGCAUGAAGGCAGUCGGGACACACAGCGCCUACAGAGCGCAGCGCAGAGAGACGACAAGCUCAACCGCCUAUCCAAAGUCCGAGAACACCAAAAUCGCCCUUAUUUGCUAAGAACAAAAUCCUUUCAGUCAUAUACCACAGAGCAUGAUUCACCAGUCAGCGUCCCAGAGAUCCAGGCCAUGAUUGAGGACUACCUGGGCCGAGAUGACGAAGAAGUCGCAAAACUGAAAGCAGAGCGUCGUCCAGGACGCCCACCGUCCACCCGUCAAACUCUUCUUGAAGCCAACCAAAAAACUGAGCAAGACGAGUAUGCCUCCGGAUUCUGGGUGCCUGACCUCGAGGAUGUGAUCAACUUGCGCAAGCUGAAAGAGUGGAACGGUCAAUGGGCGCAGCUCGCCACGCUCAAAUUUGCUAGAAUUUCAAAAGAAGGAUUCAAGAAAGAAUCGAGCUUUCCACCAAAGGGCAUGUCAUGA